AUGACUUCGGAAGGCCAUUGUGUUUUUGUGCUGGUCUACGUGGACGAUGUCUUGGUGACUGGAAGCUCGCUCGAGAUGAUUGCGCGCACCAAGAACGACCUCAAGACACGCUUCGAGAUGACGGACAGCGGCAAGUGUGCCUUUGUUCUUGGGAUCGAGUUAUUGGACAUGGAGGUGAAAGCGUGA